GUCCAACCCCUCUGCUCCAAGCAGGGUCACCUAGAGCAGGCUGCUCAGGACAUUGUCCUGGGGAGUUCUGAAUGUGUCCGUGGAUGGAGACUCCACAACUUCUCUGGGCAACUUUCUCCAGUGUUCAAUUACCUUUACAAUGAAGCAUAUUUAAUCUAAUUUUUUCUAUUCCAGUUUGUGCCCAUUGCCUCUUGUCCUAUCACUGGGCAGUGCUAAGAGGAAUGUGAGCCUUCUCUAGGCAGAACACCACCAGCUUUCUCAGCCUCUCCUCAUAUUACAUGUGCUCCAAAGCCUUGAUCUUCUUUCUCUCUGACUUGCUUGUUAGUGAACACAGCAGCAUCUUCAGAAUAUAUGUUGUGGACUUUGAUGUGACUGCUGAGGCCGCACCUUGACUCCUGUGUGCAGUUCUGGGCCCCUCGCUUCAAGAGGGAUGUAGGGGUGCUGGAGCAUGUCCAGAGAUGGGCAAUGGAGCUGGUGAAGGGUCUGGAGCACAAGUCCUAUGAGAAGCAGCUGAGGGAACUGGCGUGGUUUGGAGAAGAGGAGGCUCAGGGGGGGCAUUAUUGCUCCCUGCAACUACCUGACAGGAGGCUGUAGGCAGGUGGGGUCAGUCUCUUCUCCCAGAUAACAAGCAACAGGACAAGAGGAAAUGGCCUCAAGUUGUGCCAGGGGAGGUUUAGAUUGGAUAUUAGGAACAAUUUCUUCACUGCAAGGGUGGUCAAGUGUUAGAACAAGCUGCCCAGGGAGGUGGUGGAAUCACCAUCUCUGGAGGUGUUUAAAAAAAGAUGCAGUGCUUAGGGACAUGGUUUAGUGAUGGGGUUGACAGUGCUGGGUUAACAGUUGGACUUGAUGAUCUCAAAGGUCUUUUCCAACCUAACCGAUACUGUAAUUAUGUAAUUCUCUUCCUUGUCAGAUGCCUGUAGAUGUCUGUAGUUGUUAAUAAGUGGCACUUACCCGGUAAGGAUGGAUUUAAAAUGUUGUAGCUUUGCUUCCAGUGCUGCUUUGUGUUUUCAAGGAUUUUGGAAAUUGGUUAUCAACUGCAAAAUAAGAGACUCAGUAAAAACUGAGGUCUCAAUUAUUUUCACAACUUUUUAUAGAUAUGAUGCUAGACAUGGAUGCAAAAAACCAUCAGACUAAUGCUAAAUAUUAUAUCACCUAAAUAUAUAUUCACUUCUUCCGCCACCAACAGUAUCAAACAUCUGGAAGUGCAACAGCUUUGACAGACUCCUGUAACUUGACUGUCUAGAAGACAGAGGUUGUGUAGGCCAGCGCUAGGUGCAGUCCAGCAAAGUGUGUCUGACAGUCGGACAGGAGAAACAUGGGAAUUCUGACUGGCACCAGCGGAACCGCUUGUACAUAAAGGCACGCAUGGAUGUCCUGCAGGCCUGAUUGCAUGCUGUCAAGCAGCACAGCUGGACAUCGCUCCGCCCAUCCCCCGCCCGUCUGUUCCCCUCAGAGGCGAGCCGCCCGCUUCGGGGGGCUUAAACCCCGCCCCCCUUCGGGGGAGAGCGAGCGCUGGGGGAGGCCCCUGCCUGGUCCUGCCCUACGGCCGGGGCCGGUGGCGGCGGCUGUCCCUGCCGGGACUGUCCCUGCCCGGGGGCCGCCUGGGUACGCGGCCCCGGCGCCGGCCGUGCGGACACGGAUGGCGCCGGAGCCACCAGGCCGGAAGCCCCGUCCCCACUGCAGCGCCGCCGGCCGCCGCCAGGGGGCGGCCUCUGCCUGCGCGGCGGGCGGCGCGGGGCCGCGCGCCGUUCGAGAAACUUCCGGAAACAGCCGGCCGGCAGUGACGUGA